AUGUACCGUAUGCAGUUGUAUGUCCAAAUCAUCUUAUCUAGCUUCCUUUUUUGUACAGACGCAAGGGAUUGCAGUGGAGGAAUUGUCACAGUAGGUUUUCUCCAGACACAUAUAAAAGGUCGAAGAUGCAAAAAAAUCAAUGGAGGACUGUACUUUCUCGAAUCUGAUUGGACUUACAAAAGCGAACUACUCGACGAAUUCGAAAAUGUCGUCAAUGUGAGUGGUCCACUACAUUUUGCUGCCACCAAGGGUAUGGGUCAUGUGAAGUGUUUUCGAAAUGUAGAGGAAAUACAUUCAAAUGGACCUGCGAUCGUAUUGUUGCGUAAUGUUGGACUUUUAUCGCUCGAUCUCACAGCGCUGCAGAAAAUAGACUACGAUAGGCGGACUAAAGCCGUUAUCUUGCACAGCAAUGAAGGGCUCUACAUUGACCAACUUUUUGACAGCUUGGAGUCAAAAGGAAUAACUGCUUCAGAAAUCCUAAGUACUUCAAGAAUUGAAUUUAUGAACACAAUAUGGUCAGUUAUUUUCUUCAGUAUAUUAUUCCUUUUGGUGGCUUGUAUCCUUGGAAUCGUCGUUUAUAAGACAACAGAAGAGAUUCAUGAAAUUUUGAAGCUUUUGAGAUGGCAAAAGAGAGGACAGCAAUACGUGCCUCCAGAACCACCACGCACUAGUAAUUACUCGUUAAAAACUUCAAAAAGUCACUAA